GUCUCCAGGAUCGUCUCGCCAGUACGCAUAGGCAGGAGUAUCGGGUUGCUGAGGAUGCUGUCUCGCACUCGAUCAUCUGGGCUCUGCCGUGGCUGUCGACAGGAUCUUCAACUUUUGUUGGAAAGAGGAUUUUGCGGGCCGACGGUCAGCCUGAGAACUCGAGAACUACCCCUUCAAUGGCGGCAAAAGUCGAAAUCGUGGCAACUCAGAUAUUUUACGAGGGCUGCCGUCAGCUCGCAACGACCUCAGCACAAUGAUGCUGCUUCACAGCGAAACGAACCGGCCUUGGAGGCUGAUGAACAUGCCUCGAGCGCCGAACCCUUGCAGGAUCAGAUCGAAGCAUUGCAAGACCUGGAGAAAGCACUAGGGCGACCGAUCGAGGUAGCAAUUGAGGAAGACCGGGCGUUUGGCCAACAAGCCGAGGAAGAACUUGGUGACGAAUUACCACCCGAAUAUACUGCGCAAUUAGCACAUGGUACAACCGAUAUACUAGCGGACUUGAGGGAUUCGGGGGCCUCGCAAGAAGAUGUGGUACGAGAGGCACGAAAGACAUAUGGUGAUCGACUGCCGGGAAAUGCUUUGAAUGAGAGUGAACUCAAGAUAUACAAACGCUUGUACGGUGAUCCUGUCUCGCCUUCUUACGAAGAGUUUCUGGAUGAAGAGGAGGCAAGUGAGGUGCUCGCUGAAGGGCAGAGUCGAUUGUACGAUCAGGACGGCGAGGUGAUCGAUUAUGAAGAGCAUGUGGUACCAGAGGAGACACUCGAAGAUGAAGGCGGUGUGCCUGACCCUCCGCAGGCUGUUCAUGGAGAUAUCACUUUCGCAGACCGUGGCGAGAUGACACCUGCCCUUUUGUCUUCGCCAGCUGAACGGGCUCUUGCCGUUGCACGAGCUUUGGACGGGGAGAUAUUGGACGACUACGCGUCGGAGGACUUCGAAGAGGAGCAAGCUGAUAGUAAGGUGCACCCUUAUACCAGGCUGGGGAAGUUCGCGACCAAUCCCGGCACUAUACUCCUGUCACAAGAAAACUUCGUUCGUCCGGUAAACAAGAUCAUGAGCGCCUUCUCGAACAAGCACUUGAAAGAGAUGUGUGAGAAGACAUUCGGAGGACCAGGACUUCCAGACUCUCCUCUGACACCCAGAUCGGGCCGUACAAGACCGCAGGUUCCUAUCCCCUUGGAUGCUUCUCAUCACCACAUGGGUGAAAUGGAAGCGAACGCUUUCCUUACCACGAUCAUGCCCCCGACUUACGCUUCAAUCAUGUCAGUGUUGGUGGAGACACGAAAACGUCUGGGAACGACGUGGUUCAACAACCUAUUUGCCAAAGAAGGUGGGCCUCGUGUUCUUGACGUUGGAGCGGGAGGUGCAGGUAUUCUUGCCUGGCGUGAGGUGGCCCAGGCUCACUGCGAUGCUAUGCAUGAUUCGGACCGAGAUCCUCCUCCGCCACCAACGUCGAAGGCGGUGGUGCUUACAGGCUCGGAUGCGUUGAGACACAGAGCAGCUGCCUUACUGGAGAACACCACUUUCAUUCCUCGACUUCCUGAUUACGUACAUACCCGCGACACGCCUACGUUGGAAGACGACCGCCCGGCUCAGCAGCGCAAACAAUUCGAUGUGAUCAUUGCGACACAUUCGCUCUUGGGAUUGAACGAAGAGUUUUUGAGAAAGCAACACGUUCAGAACCUUUGGUCCAUGCUCAGUCCUGAAGGUGGCGUUUUGAUCCUCAUUGAGAAGGGCGUCCCUCGGGGCUUCGAGGCUGUCGCUGGUGCUCGCGAACUCCUUCUCGAGAGACACAUCGCCGUGCCCGAAGGGCAUAGUACGAACUACAGUGCUGGUCACGAAACGGACGAACUUCAUACCCCGGAACCUGGCAUGAUUGUCGCUCCAUGCACGAAUCACGAGCAAUGCCCUAUGUACCAUAUCCCAGGCGUAUCGAAGGGUCGUAAGGAUUACUGCAGUUUCCAGCAGCGAUAUUACCGGCCGAACUACCUUCAGCGGAUUCUCGGCGCUAAGGAUCGCAAUUUCGACGACGUGGACUUUUCUUAUAUAUCCGUGAUGAAAGGCAAGGAUCUUCGAACCCGUCAGAUCGCAUCGUGGGAACAACUCGCAGAUGGUCUUUCUGCACCUACCCAUCCUGAGCCCGAGCUCUUGGGCGAGGACUACGAGACAUGGCUGCAACUAUGCCAGAAGGGCUUCGACGGCAUCGAUCCUGACACCAAAUUGACAAAGUCGACGUCUUUUGCUGAUGGCAAAGCACGAUCUUCGCUUCCCGCACCAUGGAAUCUCCCACGAUUGGUCUUUUCGCCCAUGAAACGCCGAGGACACAUCAUUCUGGAUGUCUGCACGCCUGCUGGGACAAUCGAGCGCUGGACCGUGCCGAAAUCCUUUGGCAAGCAAGCGUAUCGUGAUGCCAGGAAGUCAAGGUGGGGCGAUCUAUGGGCAUUAGGUGCUAAAAGCCGAAUCCCGCGAACCUUGAAACUUGGAGGGCCGGAUACGAAGGAGGCAAAUCGGGCUAAAAGCCGUUCUGAACGGAUUAAAGCUCAAGCGGAGGACUUGAUGGAGAAGAUGGAGCAGGAGAAGCUCGAGGAGGCUGAAGAAGAGAGGGAGAUUGAAAGAAUGUUCGACGAGGACGAUCUUGAUGAUCUGCCUGUUGGUGGAAGGGUUAGACCUGCUGCACGGAAGACGAAAGCCAGAGCAGCAACCAAUGCGGCACAUGCUGACCAAACCUCCUCGCGCGUCGAGACGUUCACAUUCGAUGAUUUUGAUGAGAGUCAAAUCGAGCCUGUCUUGCGGAGGAAAGAGCGUGCUACUACAAGUGCGCCAGCACCUGUCAGCAAAUCGGUCGAGCAACGAACGGUCAGCAGACCAGUCUCAGUCGCCCAGGAGAAGAAAAUUGAGUACGAGGCUGAGGGUGAAGAUGAAGAUGAGGAUCUUACAGCCGAGGAACUGGCUACCUUGAAGGAGUGGGAGGCCCAGCUCUCGUCGUCCGAGACCGGGAUCCACACGAAAGGCGCAAGGACAAAGCGGACGUAUUCGAAGUUUGCGCCUCCCGGACAGAAGGGUCGGGCAAGGAAGGUCGGAAGGAUACCCAGGGCUGAUAGAGCUGGUGGGAGUCGAGGACUUUGAGUGUGAGCCACGUCUACUGCACGGUCUAGUCUUGAGAGAUAAAAAUGUAUAAUUUGUACCAAUGAUGGGAAUCUCUGAAAUAAGAAUUGGAUUGUGUUAC